AACAGGCGCGCUGCCUAGUUUGGCUGAACAUUCUGGCGCUCGUUUAGCUUCAGAAAUUAUAAAAACAACUCCAUCAGAUCCGACCAGUGCCCCUCGAGAAAAAAAUUUCUCUCCUCUCGAUCUAAAUCCAGCAGUAGUCAAGAUUCGAUCAGCUCAUAGCCUCAUACCAGUAGUAAUAUCCUAAACGUCACCGACAUAAUCAAAAAUCACGCCAUCCCACCGAGAUCUGCAAAAGAACCCAGAUUUCUCACGCUUCAUCGCUCGCAACCGCCAUUAUUUGAGCUCAAUUUCGAAUACGAAACAUACCCAUGUAGCAGAUGUUCACGUAUAUACACCUGUAAGCUGCAAUGUCGUACUUUCUCCAUCAACGAUCCCUCCACAACAUUCUCUCAAACCCUAACCCUACAUCCCCCAAUGAUUCUCCCACUGACCCCCCCAAAUCCACCUCCAUUUUCAGCAAAACCACCCUCUUACUCCUCUUAUCCCUCCUCGUGAUCCUGGGCGUCUUCGCCCCCUGGAUCGGCACGCCUCAAUCUCUCUUCACCGCCUCUCGAUCCUCCCAAUCCAGGUGGAAGGACUACACGCUGGCCGAGGCGGCGGCCAACGUGGCCAAGAACGGCACCGUCAUUGUGUGUGCCGUGAGCCAGCCCUACUUGCCGUUUCUGAAUAAUUGGUUGAUUAGCAUUGUGAGGCAGAGGCGUCACGAGCAGGUUCUGGUGAUUGCUGAGGACUAUGCUACGCUUUAUGAGGUUAAUGGGAAGUGGCCUGGCCAUGCUGUGCUUGUUCCUCCGGCUCCGGACGCGCAGACUGCGCAUAAGUUUGGAUCUCAGGGAUUCUUCAAUUUUACUUCCCGAAGACCACGCCACCUACUGCAAAUAUUGGAGCUUGGAUAUAAUGUUAUGUACAAUGAUGUUGAUAUGGUCUGGUUAGCAGAUCCAUUUUCGUAUCUGCAAGGGAAGCAUGAUGUGUACUUCACAGAUGACAUGGCUGCAGUGAAACCUUUGAACCAUUCUCAUGAUUUGCCACCUCCAGGGAAAAAGGGCCGGACUUACAUUUGCAGUUGCAUGAUUUACUUGCGCCCAUCUAGUGGAGCUAAACUGGUUCUGAAGAAGUGGAUCGAAGAACUUCAAGCUCAGCCAUGGUCUCGAGCAAAGAAGUCAAAUGAUCAGCCUGCUUUUAACUGGGCAUUAAACAAAACUGCAGGACAGGUUGAUCUGUAUCUGCUCCCACAGGCAGCAUUCCCUACGGGAGGGUUAUACUUCAAGAAUCAGACAUGGGUUCAGGAAACUAAGGGAAUGCAUGCUAUCAUUCAUAAUAACUAUAUAACAGGUUUUGAUAAGAAAAUCAAGCGCUUCCAUGAUUUCGGCCUCUGGUUAGUGGACGAACAUGCAAAGGAGUCCCCCCUUGGCAGAUGAUAGUGAGUCAGAAAGAACACUUCAUCAAAUGGAUAAGAUGAAGAGGCCCUCAAACACCAUUGCCCUUCCAAUUCUGUUGACCUCAUUUUAUGCCCAUUGGUUUUUUGGAGUUACCAUCCAGUGGCAGCUGAUCAAACUCUUCAUUUCCGAUCAUUUCCACCUGUAUGAAGCACAUGGAAUCACCCAUUCCUAACCUGCUUGCAAUUUGCCUCUUUAGAUUCUGAUGUGCAUUUAAUUAAGCAAGAGAAAUUAUUUUUCCAGCAUAGUUUUCUGAUGUUAAACCAGUCCAUGUAGAAACUAGUUUUUAUGUUCAUUUUGUAUUUCAGAACAGCUUUAGCAUUCAUUUUAAUUCGCCAUUUUUCCCCGUUGUAUGUUCAUGAGAUACUACAGAUUUAUGAAUGUCUUAUAUGUUUUGAACUA